AUGUAUAAAUCUUUAAUUAUUGUGGGUGUGUUGUGCGUUGUAUUAAUUGAGGCACGCCCCAAAUGGCAGAUCUUGCCGGACGUUCCCGGAUACGUACCAGUUUACAUUCGCAACGGGGACACGCCACUAGAGGAAAUCAAUCCGGAUUUAGCUGAAGCAUUCCACGCCUUACCAAUCGGUCGAAGCGUUAGCAAAGAGCUUGAAGCAGCACCCGAUACUCCUGAACAGGAACCUCAAACCGCACCAGAACCUUCCGAAAUAAUCGAUAGUCGUCCUUACGAAAAGAAACUUCUCGAAAAAAAGAAAAAAGCCAGCUACGAUAUCCUCAAACCCAUCGAACGUAGA